AUGCCGGAGCAGAGUUCUAAGAGCAGUGCUAGUUCCAUGAAAGGCUAUAAGAAAGCCGUGACUAAAACUCAGAAAAAGGAGGAGAAAAAGCGCAAGAGAUAUCGUAAAGAGAGCUAUUCAGUUUAUAUCUAUAAAGUACUGAAACAAGUUCAUCCGGAUACUGGUAUAUCUUCGAAGGCUAUGAGUAUUAUGAAUUCACUUGUUACUGAUAUGUUUGAGCGCAUUGCAGCGGAGGCGUCCCGCCUGGUGCGUUACAACAAGUGUUCGACCGUCACAUCCAGGGAGAUCCAGACAGCAGUGCGCUUGCUGCUUCCUGGGGAGUUGGCCAAGCACGCAGUGUCCGAGGGCACGAAGGCUGUCAGUAAAUACAGUAGUUCCAAGUAA